UUUAGUUUAUAGCUUAAACGUCAGUCAUUUUGAAAAGUGUGUUAAAAUUGCCGGCUUCACAACAGAGCGUUAAACACUUCCCCUUAUUAGAACUAAGCUGACCGGGAACACUGCCAUUUCAUCCCAAUUACAGAUAUGAGGCUGUAUUUGUUUCUAGCUGUGACCCUGAUGACCCUUCUCACGGAGGUGGUAUACGGGGCUGAGAAGAAGAAGCUCCAAAUCGGGAUAAAGAAAAGAGUGGAAAACUGUCCCAUCAAGUCACGGAAGGGAGACGUACUGAACAUGCACUACACCGGAAGGCUGGAGGACGGGACUGAAUUUGACAGCAGCAUACCGAGGAAUCAGCCCUUUACCUUCACCCUGGGGACUGGGCAAGUGAUUAAGGGCUGGGACCAGGGGCUGCUAGGAAUGUGUGAGGGAGAGAAGAGGAAGCUGGUCAUCCCGUCUGAGCUCGGUUAUGGUGACAGAGGCGCACCACCCAAGAUCCCAGGUGGAGCCACACUCAUCUUCGAAGUCGAGCUGUUGAGCAUUGAAAGAAGAUCUGAUUUAUAAUGCUGUAAAAUCAGAAGCCCUCACUUUAAACUGUACAUGCACUGAAGUUAGCCAAUCACUGCUGCUCUGGAGCCUAUAAUCAGGAAAUUGUGAGGUUUUUUGU